AGGCUGAAGAGGGCGGGCCCAGGCUCACUUCCUCCCUCUCCUCAUCUGGGCUUCCUGUCGUCACAGUGUGAUCACAUUUAUUCCCCCUUAACUUCUCCUUUUACACAAAUAGCCCCGACAUCCGCAUUACCAGCUUUGUCUCGGGGCCGCAUUGAUAAUCAUUAACUCUGCCUAAAGGACCGAGGAAAAGUGCCUGCAAAAGGGCAAGAAUAUCUCAGCAUGGGCAUAAGUAGCUUGAAAUUGCUGAAGUAUGUCCUGUUUUUCUUCAACUUGCUCUUCUGGUUCUGUGGCUGUUGCAUUUUGGGCUUUGGGAUCUACCUCCUGAUCCACAACGACUUUGGAGUGCUCUUCCAUAAGCUCCCCUCUCUCACACUGGGCAAUGUGCUUAUCAUCGUUGGCUCCAUUAUCAUGGUAGUUGCCUUCCUGGGCUGCAUGGGAUCCAUCAAGGAGAACAAGUGCCUGCUGAUGUCGUUCUUUGUCUUGCUGCUGAUUAUUCUCCUUGCGGAGGUGACCUUAGCCAUCCUGCUCUUCGUGUAUGAACCUAAGCUGAAUGUCUAUGUGGCUGAGGGCCUGACCGACAGCAUCCAUCGAUAUCACUCAGACAACAGCACCAAGGCAGCAUGGGACUCCAUCCAGACAUUUCUUCAAUGCUGUGGUAUAAAUGGCACGAGUGAUUGGCACGGCAGACCACCAACAUCUUGUCCCACAGACUCACAAGUUAAGGGUUGCUUUGUAAAAGCAAAGCUGUGGUUUCACUCCAAUUUCCUGUAUAUCGGAAUCAUCACUAUCUGCGUGUGUGUGAUCCAGGUGUUGGGGAUGUCCUUUGCACUGACCCUGAACUGCCAGAUUGACAAAACCAGCCAGGUCUUAGGACUGUGACCUGCUGCUACCAUAUGCUGGAGAGACUUGUCUCAUCUCUGGAAGUCUAAAGUCACCUGUAGCGUGAAGCCCUAAAUGAUCACCUCGUGAACUGGUGUCUUUGUCCCCCUACUGUUUCUUUCCUGUUUGGGUCCCUGUCUUAUCCAACCAGAGAAGAGGAUGCUGGCCAGGGACUUGCCACCUCAGACAGCAAGACAAUCCUUUACCCAAUCAUGACAGAAGCCAUAUCAUUUACCAAUACCUGAGCAUUUGUCAGAUAUGAAAACCCAAGAGAACCUGUGGUAAUAAUGGCUUAAGAGCAAAGCAUCAGUCUGAAGCUUGAGUAUUUGCAUCUUCCUGUUGUCAAACAAGUCUCUAGCCUCUAAGUCAUGCCCAGUCCACUCCCCGAAGUCAAGCCAGAGACGAGCUUUAGAGAGGAGCUCUGGGGCUAGAUUCACUGGAUCAUUGUCUCAGUCUUCUGGUUCCUUUUGAAUAGGGGUCUUUUUUACAGGAAUGACAGAGUACUCUUUCUCCAAAGGUGAGGUUUCACUUCAAUUUCUUUAUUAAGGGGUCUUAUUAAUUCAUUCUCAGUCUUUCCAAAAGAAACUAUCCAAUGACUCACAUCCUGAUUUCAGCCCAUCUCUUAGAUUUGAUUUCCAUAACUAGGAAGGAAUUCAGCAGAAUGAGUGUCUCUGGUGGUUUAGGUGAUAAUCACAUUCAGAAGAGUUCUGAUGUUAUUUUUCUAUCAGAUAAGGUUUUGUUAAUGCACUGUUUUUAAGUCUUCAAUAAAUAAAGUAGCUAUGAUCUCUCAA